AUGGGUGGUGCCGAAACUGGUUUCUCGGACCCAGUCCUCACGCGCAUGGUCGCGGAGGAUAAGGUGCCUUUUUACAAGAAGAAGACGCUGAGACUCAUGUAUCUUUACCUGUUUCUCUGCUGUAUGGGUGUGGAAAUGACUUCUGGUUUUGAUUCGACGCUGAUUGGAACUUUGCAAUUCUCGCCGCCGUGGAAUAAAUAUUUCACCGAUGGUGCUAAGGAUGCUAAGGGAAAACCAACUCUCUCCCCAGGUCUUCUCGGUUUCGUUUCUUCUUGCUACCAAUUGGGUUCUAUCCUCGGUGUUCCAGUCGCGCCAUAUGUAAAUCAGAGAUUUGGUCGAAGAUGGGCUAUCAUGUCUGGUUCUGUCAUCAUGAUCAUCGGUGCAAUCAUUCAAGGUUUUGCUCAGAACCUUGGCAUGUACAUCUUCUCCCGUAUGGUCCUUGGUUUCGGAAUUGUAUUCUGUAUCAUUGCCGGAUCAGCUCUCAUCGGAGAACUUGCCCACCCAAAAGAGCGAGCGCUGUUGACAUCCCUCUUCAACGCUUCAUACUUCAUCGGUCAAAUCACCGCCGCCGCAAUCAGUCUUGCAACAUCUGAAAUCGCAAACGACUGGGGAUGGCGUAUUCCCUCCCUUCUCCAAGCCUGCCCGUCCCUCCUCCAAGUCGCAUUCGUAUUCCUCCUCCCAGAAUCACCCCGCUAUCUCGUCUCCAAAGACCGCGACGACGAAGCCUUCGCCGUCCUCGUCAAAUACCACGCCGAAGGCGACGCCGACUCUCUCCUCGUCAAAGCCGAAAUGGCCCAGAUCAAAUCCACCAUCAUGAUCGAACUCGAGCACUCCAAAUCCUCAUGGCUGGACAUGAUCGCCACAGCCGGAAUGCGUCGUCGUGUUUUCAUCUCCGGGUUCCUCGGUCUGUUCACGCAAAUGUCCGGGAACACUUUACUCUCCUACUAUCAGAACCUGUUGUACAUCAUGAUGGGCUACACUUCCACCUACGCUAAGACGCGCAUCAAUCUCGCUAACGCAUGCUGGAGUUUCGCGACUGCUUUGAUUGCCGCUUAUGUGGUGUCGAGGUUCAGACGAAGAGUCAUGUUCAUGUUGUCUAGUGGUAGUAUGUUGACGGUGUUCGUUUGCAUCACGAUAUCUUUCGAACGACUCCGCGCCGCCAAGGAUGGUGGGUAUACCAAUAAAGCUGCCGGAAUCGCAGCCCUGUUCUUCUACUUUGCUUACUCGCCAUGUUAUAACAUUGGAAACAACGCCUUGACAUACACCUACCUAAUCGAACUCUUCCCCUACGCCCAACGAACCCGCGGUAUCGGAAUCGAACAAGUCUUCGGCAAGAUCGGCGGUUUCUUCUCGCAGAACGUAAACCCCAUCGCCCUGACCGCCAUCGACUGGAAAUACUUCGCCGUGUACAGCGGCUGGAUCGCGUUUGAGUUCUUGUUCAUCUACUUCUUGUAUCCUGAGACGAGUGGACGGACGUUGGAGGAGUUGGCUUUCUUAUUCGAAGACAAGGAAUUCGCCGAGAAAGCCGUCAUCGCGGUCGAGAAACAGAUUCAUCACGAGGAUAUGGAUGAGAAGAAGGUCGCUGUUGUGCAUGAGGAGGAUAAGGGUGUGGAUCGUAUCGUAUGA